AUGAGCGACAGCUCGAGCAGUGACAGUUCCCAGGCCCCAUGUGGCAGGGAGGAGGGGUCCCCGCUGCCCCCCACCCCCCCGACGCCAGUGCUGCUCCCUGUGGUGCUGGAAGGACUCCUGGGUUCUGACGACGAGGAGCAGGAGGAUCCCACCGAUUACUGCCGAGGUGGUUAUUACCCAGUGAAGAUCGGGGAUCUCUUCAAUGGGCGGUACCAUGUGGUGAGGAAGCUGGGGUGGGGCCACUUCUCCACAGUGUGGCUCUGCUGGGAUAUACAGCGGAAGCGCUUCGUGGCACUGAAGGUGGUGAAGAGCGCGGUGCACUACACCGAGACGGCCGUCGACGAGAUCAAGCUGCUGAAAUGCGUGCGCGACAGUGACCCCAGCGACCCUCAGCGGGAGAACAUUGUUCAGCUCAUAGACGACUUCAAGAUCUCAGGGGUCAACGGUGUCCACGUCUGCAUGGUCCUGGAAGUCCUGGGCCAUCAGCUCCUCAAAUGGAUCAUCAAGUCCAACUACCAGGGCCUGCCCAUUCCCUGUGUGAAGAGUAUCUUGCGACAGGUGCUGCAGGGCCUGGAUUACCUGCACGGCAAAUGCAAGAUCAUCCACACCGACAUCAAGCCCGAGAACAUCCUCAUGUGCGUGGACGACGCCUACAUCCGGCGCCUGGCGGCCGAGGCGACAGUGUGGCAGCAGUCGGGGGCACCACCACCUUCUGGCUCCACAGUCAGCUCUGCCCCCCAGGAGAUCAUGAACGGGAAGCUGUCCAAGAACAAGAAGAAGAAGCUGAAGAGGAAGCAGAAGCGGCAGAACCGGCUGCUGGAAGAGCGACUCCGUGACAUUCAGCGGCUGGAGGAUAUCGGGACUGAGCGCUGUCCCGAGUCUCGGCUCUGCCACCCCUCCAGGCCGGGCGCCGGACAAGACCCUGACUCCGACACUCCCCCGGGGGAAUACGUCAAUUCCCAGUUGCAGACUGGAGAGCAGGGGAGCUGGGGGUCCGGCGAGCGCCACGAGGCCUCCAACGGGAGCCUGGCCUGCAGCCCCCAGAGCCUCACGUCCUCCUCAGGCUGCCACCCCUGUGGCAGCUGCAACGGGCACUCCACGGCCUCCUCCUCCUCCCAGCGCCGCCUCAGCCCCGACUCGCAGACCUCGGGCUUCUCGGGCUCCCUCUUCUCGCCCACCUCCGGCUCUGCCCUCUCCGGCUAUUCCAACCAGAGGGAGCACGGUGGCCUCCUCUCCCCCAGCAGACCAUUCGGUGCCACGAACUUCCUGGUGAACCCCCUGGAGCCCCAGAAUGCGGACAAGAUCAAGAUCAAGAUUGCAGACCUGGGCAACGCCUGCUGGGUGCACAAGCAUUUCACGGAGGACAUCCAGACGCGGCAGUACCGGGCUGUUGAGGUACUGAUUGGGGCCAGUUACGGCCCCCCUGCCGACAUCUGGAGCACCGCCUGCAUGGCUUUUGAACUGGCCACAGGCGACUACCUGUUUGAGCCGCACUCUGGAGAGGACUACACCCGGGAUGAAGACCACAUCGCCCACGUGGUAGAGCUGCUGGGAGACAUCCCCCCGCAUUUUGCACUCUCUGGUCGCUACUCCCGGGAAUACUUCAACCGCAGAGGGGAGCUCAGACACAUCAAGAACCUGAAGCACUGGGGCCUGUACGAAGUGCUGCUGGAGAAGUACGAGUGGCCCCUGGAGCAGGCCACGCAGUUCACGGACUUCCUGCUGCCCAUGAUGGAGUACGUGCCGGAGAAACGGGCCAGCGCCGCCGCCUGCCUCCGCCACCCCUGGCUCAACUCCUAGGCUGCCGCCGAGGCGGAGCACGGGCCCACCCGAGCUGCCAGCGGGCUCCGGCGGGGCAGGGGCCGGGCCGGGGGCCCGGCAGCGGUCUUCCUUCCCAGGCAGCCAGGAUGGCGGCAGGCGCCGUGGGUUUGCGGCAGCGCGAGGCCCACCCUGUCUGUUAGCCCUGCCGGGGACCAGCCUGGCCCCGCGCCCCCCGCCACAGGUUUUCUCUGCGGGGCGGCUCCCAGCGUCGUCCAUCAGUGCCUGGGCUGCGGGUGGGGGGUGGCCACGGACCCCUGCCGAGCCUUCAUCCUCUCUCCUCUCUGCCCACCAGGGCAUGGAGGGAGCAGUCGCGCGUGUGUGUGUGUGUGUUGUGUGUGCGUGCGCGUGUGUGUGUAUGACAGCAGCCUGGGUUGUCCCAGGAGUCGUGUGAUCCCAAGGCGACAGUUCUCCGGCCCGGGCCCGUUUCCGGCUUGGCCUGGGUCGCUGUUUUUCAGGUAGGCCGAACCGGGCCCGCGUUCCCCCCAACCCCGGUCCCCAGCGGGCAACGCCGGGCGGCUUCCCUCCGCGGGCGAGGAAGCAGUAAGUGUGGCUUUUCUUAAUAAAGUUUUGGAUGAAUCCCG